GUAGCAUAUGAGACGUUUGCCCAAACACUGUUGCAUCUCAUCAGAUUCUUCAUCAGACUUGAGCGAAAAGAAAACUCAUAUGAUUUGACAGAUGAUGCUCCGAAUGACGGUUGCGAGAUCAUAAAAACCACGAUGGCCGACGGCUGAUAUCAAAAGAGAUGAAACGCGGGUCAGAUGUCUUCCAGCGUGUUUGUGUUGAAACCGCAAACAUAUUACAAGUCAUGGAUGGCUAUUGCUAGAUCCUAACCCCACAUCAUGACCAGCGCGCUUCCGGCAGAAGACAACAUAACUUUAACCUUUUUUCCCGAGACCUGUCCCAACUGCACAGCGAUACCUGCGUUUGACAUAGACGUAACCAAAACACUGGUUCUGGGCCUGGUGCUGGUGCUCUUCAUAGUAUUCGGCGUGAUGGGCAACAUCCUGGUCAUCCUUUCCGUGGUGUGCCAUCGCCACCUCCGUUCCGUGACGCAUUACUUUAUCGCCAAUCUGGCCGUUGCAGACCUUCUUCUGAGCUCCGUGGUGCUCCCGUUCUCCGCUGCAUCGGAAGCCUUGGGCCGUUGGGUGUUCGGCCGUCCUUUAUGCAACGCCUGGACCGCUCUCGACGUGCUGUGCUGCACGGCGUCCAUCCUCAGCCUCUGCGUGAUCUCCGUGGAUCGCUGCAUGGCGGUCAGUUACCCGCUGCGCUACCCUUCCCUGGCCACGGGUCAAAGGGCGCUGGCAGCGGUGGCAGCUCUAUGGGCUCUUUCGGCUGCCAUCUCCGUCGGCCCGCCUUUCGGCUGGAGGGAGCCCAUGCCAGAGGACGAGUCGGUGUGUAGAGUGAACGAAGAGCCGGGAUAUGCCAUCUUUUCUGCCGCGUGUUCAUUCUACGUGCCGUUGGCGGUGAUUUUGGCAAUGUACUGCAGGGUAUAUGUGGUGGCCCGGCAAAAGACCCGUUGCAUGAGUAAGGGCAGGCAGAGGAACGGGGGAAACGAGCAUGGAGUGACCCUUCGGAUCCACUGCCGCAACGCUCAGCAGGCCGCCGGGAAGGAGGAAGCAGCGCACUCCAAAAACUCGCACUUCACCUUCAUCCGUCUGCUGAAGUUCUCGCGGGAGAAGAAGGCGGCCAAGACUCUGGGGAUUGUGGUGGGAUGUUUCGUGCUCUGCUGGCUGCCUUUUUUCCUAGUGCUGCCCAUAAGCUCCAUCUUCCCCUCCCACAGACCCCCGGACACCGUCUUCAAAAUUACUUUCUGGCUCGGCUACUUCAACAGCUGCCUCAACCCCAUCAUCUACCCGUGCUUCAGUCAGGAGUUCAAGAAGGCCUUCCAGAACGUUCUCCGCGGCCGCUGCCUCAGCAGAACGCACAGGACCCGGAGCCCCCCGGUCGCUGCUCGAGACCCCAAAACCGCACGGGGUUUCUCAUCUGCAUCUAACGACUCCUGGAAGCCCGUCUCUAAUAAGAAGUCGUUCACUGCACAUGACAACGGCGCUCUGAAAGCACCUGAAACGUCUCUGACGAUGGAAGUUCUUCAGGCUUCCAUAUGCAAGAUGGACGGCGAGGCUGUAUGAAAUGCGUCUGAAAGAAUAAAAAGACAACUUUUCAAAAAGGAGUUUACAAAGCCACCGUGGAAUUGAACGGAAAUGAUCAGGGGUCUGGUUCAUUCUCGUAUACAGGAGCACCACCUUGUGGCAACGUCUGUAAUAUGCAUCUGCACUAUUGAACUUCAAUUGUGAUGAUUCACAAUGUGCUUGGUAAUGAUACCAGUUAUUUGAAAAUUGCUAUGCAUUUUGUUAGUAUGAAGGAAUAUGUGGUUUGCACAUUUUAAGUUAUGCAUUGCAUUGCAUUGUGGUUUAGCGUUGAAUGGAUUGUCUGUAAACGUACAUAAAAUCUACUUGUACCUUUC